UAGUGUCGGUCUUCACGGAGCUGAAUUGUUUUUGGACACGCAUUUAUUACUCCUAUAUGAAUAACAUGCUGAUAUUUCGCAAAGCGUUUGCUGGUGCACUAAGUCGAACAAAGGUUUAACGUUAACGCGAGAUUCUUGAAGAUCUCGACUGAAGGCUCAGACUCUGAGCAAGUUGAGCAACAGUUGCUGGUCCGCUGUGUCCAGUAUUGUUCAGGAGAAAACUCAAAGCUAAACUUGACAUCACUCAUUCCAGCGUCAUAAAUCGGCGAUAAUGUAUUUGAUUGCAUUUCGUAAAGCUCUAUUAAAUCAACGCUUGACAAACGUUUGCAAGAAUGAAGUGUUUUGUGGCGAACGAGGGUUGCAAAUAUGCAGAACCAAGUCAACAGUUCCGAAAAACUACAGCGAUUAUGAGAGCAUGAGACGGAGCUACAACCCUCCAGUUCCUCUGCAUUAUAAUUUCGCUAAAGACGUGCUCGAGCAGUGGGAAAUGAAGGAAAAGAAUGGACAGAGGUCUUCUCUUCCAGCUCUGUGGUGGGUAAAUGACAUUGAGGAGGUCAGAUGGAGUUUUGAGGAGCUGGGCUUUCACUCUAGAAGACUGGCAAAUGUUCUGUGUCAGGUGUGCGCUUUGGAAAGAGGGGAUCGUGUCUUUCUCAUUUUACCCAGAGUUCCAGAGUGGUGGUUGGUCAAUGUAGCGUGUAUUAGAACUGGUACGGUUCUUAUCCCUGGCUCCUAUCAGCUCACGGCUCGAGAUAUCCGCCACAGACUGCAGGCCUCAGGGGCUAAGUGUGUGAUCACGGAUGAAACCUUGGCUCCGCUUCUGGACUCAGUGGCUAAGGAUUGCCCGUCGCUCAGAACCAAGCUUCUGCUAUCCCACAGGCCCAGACACAACUGGGGCAACAUGACACAACUGAUGGGAAUGGUGUCAGAUGAGCAUGUUUGCGUGAAUACCAGGAGCAAGGAGCCCAUGACUAUCUUCUUUACCAGUGGCACAACCGGGUCUCCUAAAAUGACCCAACACAGCCACUGUAGUUUUGGCCUUGGGCUUACAGUGAACGGCAGAUACUGGCUUGAUCUUACGGAAAGGGAUGUUUUCUGGAACACGUCAGACACGGGUUGGGCCAAAUCAGCGUGGAGCAGCGUGUUUGCUCCAUGGAUCCAGGGGGCGUGUGUGUUUGUUCACCACAUGCCACGAUUUGACACCAGUACAGUUCUAAAGACUUUGUCCAGGUAUCCCUUCACCACUUUCUGCACGGCACCAACAGCCUAUCGAAUGCUUGUACAGGAGGACAAAUCCAGGUUUUGGCUCCAGGCGCUAGAACACUGUCUGUGUGCGGGGGAGCCCAUAAACCCAGAGGUUAUGUGGAAGUGGAAGGAGCACGGACUACACAUCUAUGAAGGAUAUGGACAAACGGAGACUGUUUUAAUAGCCGGCACAUUCAAAGGCAUGAAGAUCAAACCUGGGUCUUUUGGAAAGGCGGCACCUGGAUAUGACGUUCAGGUAGUGGAUGAAGAUGGCAUCAUCGUGCCACAAGGACAGGAGGGAAACCUGGCCAUUAGAGUAAAACCACACAGACCUUUUUCUCUCUUUACAGAGUAUACGGGGGAGCCAGAGCGCACAGCAGAAUGUUUCCGUGGUGAUUUUUACCUGACAGGUGACAGAGGAAUGAUGGACGAUGAAGGAUAUCUGUGGUUUGUUGGCAGAGCUGAUGAUGUCAUUCUCUCUGCGGGGUAUCGCAUCGGCCCAUUUGAAGUGGAAAAUGCUCUGAUAGAACAUCCAGCUGUCGCAGAAUCUGCCGUGGUCAGCUGCCCUGAUCCGGUUCGAGGAGAGGUGGUGAAGGCAUUCGUAGUUCUGACAGCAGCUUUUAAAAUGAAUGACCAAAAAGAACUUAUCCAGGAACUGCAAAUGCAUGUUAAGAGUGUCACAGCGCCCUACAAAUAUCCACGCAAGAUUGAGUUUGUGGAUCAUCUGCCGAAGACCGUAAGCGGGAAAAUAAGGCGCGUGGAGUUAAGGAAGAAGGAAUGGGAACAAAAGACAAGCUUAAACUGAAAAUGCUACCAGAAUAUUCUAACAUCAUUCCACCUCAACACAUGUAAUAUUCCCAAGUGUUUUACAACGUUCACAAGUAUACACAGCUGCACAUUUGUUGACAUGCAUUUCAUAUGCAUUCAUAUUUUGUGUUUGUAUGUUUCUUUGACAGAAAAAGAGCUCUCAAAUUGUUCCUCCAUACAGUGGGGUUGUAAGCUACGAUCAUGAUUUGUGUGUUUGUAUUACAAAUUUUUAAACUACAUGAAUCUUACCGUUAUGGCACUGAUGUCUAGACUCUCUUCUGGUAGCAAAAGUUGUAGUCCUGCUGCUUACCUGCAGGGGGAAACAUUUCAUACGUGUGAACUCCAUAUCAGAGCACACUACUUACUUCUACUGUAAUAUACAUUUAACAAGUGUAAUGGUUUAAUAAUGCUCCUACCUCAUGUUUAUUCAAUUUUAAGCACAAAACAUCUCAAGACAGCUAGACCGGGAGCCCAAAUAUUACUUUUUUUUUUAAUGAUAUUUCAUCUCUAUUAUAAAUUUGAAUCAUUUGUUAAGGUAACAAAGAAGUAAA